UCUGGACAAAGCCACUUUGCGCAUUGCAGUUCUCUAGCCUCUAGGAUAGCUGGCGCCUAGUAAUGGAAGCUCUGUGCGAAUGGUGGUAGUAACUUCGCCGCAGUGCGAGCUAUGGCUCUUCAUCUGGUCUUACCAGCACUAUGGCAAUCUGAUUCCAGCUAUUUCAUAAUCUUCGCGCAACGAACACCCUUCUAUCUAGAGCAGGUGCAUCCUGCUUGUGCCGCCCAGUGGGGGCAGCAUGAAGGUCUUCAUCACUGGAGCGUCUGGUUUUGUUGGCACGCAGCUGAUCGCCUAUCUCAGCAAGUGUCACGGCGACUCUGUGGUUGCUCUGUCUCGGAGCGCCGUGGCCGAUGAGAAGAUCAAGCGGGCGUCUCAGCUGGUGCCCACCAAGGGCUGGCGGGAAGAUGGUUCCCGCCCGGAGCCCGGCAAGGUGGAGAUUGUGCGGGGCGAUCUCAGCACAAAAGAAGCUCUAAUGAAAGGCAUGAAGGGGUGCGACGCUGUGAUCCAUGCUGCAGCUAAGGUUGAAAUGUGGGGGGACUAUGCCUCCUUCCGUGAGACAGCCGAUGCCACACGCACUGUUGUGGAAGCAGCCAAGGCGGCAGGAGUCCCCAAGUUUGUGCACGUGGGCACCGAGGCUGUGCUCGUCAAAGCAAAGGGUCCGAUUGGGCAAGUCGACGAGACUGCCUCAAUCGACCCUCCACUGUGGGCCCCAUACACUCGAAGCAAGGCCGCCGCAGAGAAGAUUGUGCUCGAGGCCAACGAUCCGCCCAAGUUUGAGUGCAUCAGCGUGCGUCCGCGGUUCAUCUGGGGUCGAGGCGACACGGCCCUCAAGCCGAUGCUGGCCGCGGCCAUGAACGACGGCUCCUACAAGUGGAUCACGCCCUCCAGCCGCUCCUCCACGUGCCACGUCAUCAACGUCUGCCACGCGCUGCGGCUAGCCGCAGAGGCCAAGGGCAAAGGCGGUCAGAUCUACUUCGUGACGGACGGCCCCCCGUUGUUGCUCAACGACUUCCUGGCGGAGUACAUCUGCUCCGACCCCGCUGUCAAGAAGCCGAGCGGCAGCGUGCCCUUCUGGUUCCUGUGGCGCCUCGAGUCAUUCCUAGAGAGCCUGCCGUUUCUAGGGUACGGCGUCAAGCGGAAGCCGCUCGCUGGCCGGCAGGCGCUCGCGCUCAUCGGCCAGGACGUCAUUGUGGACGACUCCAAGAUCCGGCGGGAAAUGGGGUACCGACCGCUGGUGACGGUCGAAGAGGGGCUCCGAGAUGCCAAGUGACGGCACCAGCUUGUGAAGCAUACAGCAUGAUGCCCCGCCUUGUGAGUUGCGUAUAUACUAGGCGUCCACAUAUUCUUUGCAAGGCAUCGACGCCGAAGUCAGCGUUGCAUGAUCGUGGAUGCGCCGCGAGUUGCAGGUACCCGUUGCUAAGUUUCCGUUGAUAAUCAAAUAUAUGAUCGAACACUCUCUUAUGGAGCGCAUUACACCUAGGAACUUCAGCGGUUACAAGUCAAAGAAUUUAGGGCACAACAACAAUUGGUCAAAUAUGAAAAGAUGAAGAAUCACCACUUUCAUUGUUUGGGCCCCAGAUAUGUG